AUGGCUGUGGAGGCGGAAUGGGUGAACCUUACAGGCUAUCCAGCUCUGCCUACGGGCGUUGCCACUAUCAUCAAGGCGAACGCCGUGAAGGAGAUAAAUGGGUGCAUAAGCCCACAGAGCCUAUGGAGCUGCGCUACACCACCCACCCAACAAUCCGGCCAGUCCACAAUCAUAAACCAGCCGAGCUUCCGACUCCAGAUAAGGUUCAGAAAUGAUACAGUGCCAGGCAAUAAGACACAGCUCGUGAAACGAUCUGGACAUGCUGCCAACGCCCAAGCGCUGUUUCGCAGAGAUAUUUGGAGCGACUCGUUAUAUGCUGCUAACCCAGCACCACCGUCGACGCAAGAUCAGUCAUUCUUAGGCCAGUUCACGGACAAUGUCAGUAUGCCCUAUGAAGGCGAGCAGACACCAUUCUCAAUGUCACUGCUGGAUGCGGAGACACUGGUGAGUCCGGUCGAGACUUUGGGUAAGCGCCAAAGCAACCCAUAUCCGUACCCGACACCGAACGACUCCACAACAGUCAUGGGCGCAUCGACGGCGGCAUCGAGCAGCAUACCACGGCCCGCACUCCUUCCUAAUGGCAAGCCAGCAGACUCCCGAAGCUACCCGCUAGUCGAAGCUCAGCCUCUGCGUCUAUACGACCGCGGAAAGCCCAGCGAACAUUACGGCUUCUAUACUUAUUUCGACCGCUCUCUGCUCGUCUCGAACACGUCCUCAAGCACUGCGAACCCAUUCGCACUAGGUGCCGGCAACGUUGCACUCGAUAACGCCACAGCGGUCUGCACUUGGUCACAGACGCGCCUUCAUGUUCAGAUGUGGACACGUAAGGGCGGCGUCGCAAGUUUGGACCAUCCGAUCCCUCUGAACGGGCUGCCGGCGGUGGACUCGACAGCGAAUAAUAUGUCGGCACCUGGCUCCUUUCCGUAUCCUGUCACUGUGACUGUGGACCGGCACGGCGGACAGGCGAAUAAGAAGGGAGUGUAUUGUUACGGUCUAGAUGCCGAUCACCAUGUAAUGGUUAAUGCUGAUACUUGGAUGGAUGAGGACCGUGCCUAUGUUGGUAGGCUUGUUAACGCUGCACAGAUGCCAGGUAUUAAUGGGACGAAGUCCGCAAAGAGAGAUGCCGGGUCAGUACAUGACGGUGUUGACGGCGGUAAUGGUGGUUGCUUGUGCCAGUGGCAGAAUUAUUAG